AUGCAAGCGGAUAUGCAUGGAAAACUUCACGCUGCCUUAGAAGAUGGUUUCUUCCUCUUUCCUUUUGAACAGCAACAACAACCUAACAUUUAUUAUGACACAACCACCGAUCAAGAAGACCGUCCUUGUUUUUCUUUUGGAUCUACAAUUUCCCCUAGAAGUUGGCAUUUUGAAAAGUCUGACAAAAUUGCCUCAUCUCAGCUGCAGAACUUGGUUCAUACACAACCAAUUCAUUUAAUUAAUCCUCAAAUAUUGUUCAAUGAAGAGUUUCUGAAUUUGGAAAAUAUUGAUUCUCAGCCUAUUUCCAAGGAAACGAAAACUACGAAGGACUGCACAAUGGCAACUGGUCCUGAAAGAGGAAAAAAGAGCUCUGAAAGUACCAGAUCCUCUUCAUUAUCAUCUCUUUUUUCUAAUGAUGAAUCCGCAUCUACGUUCCACUCAUCAUUCAAUAACCAUGAUAACUUUCAAAAGAGCAACAGAAAUGGAGAUGAUAUCGAUAUUAGUGACACAAUAAAAUAUGAAACUAAUACAAAUGCACAAAAAGAUAUCAAAAUAUUCCAAGAAAAUUUUGAAUUCAAUGAAUUCCCAUACACACAAGACUUCUACCCAUAUACCACUAAUUAUACCUAUUCAAAACCCACAAAUAUUCAUGAAUCAAUAAAUUCAAAAAACACGGAUUCAUACUCCCAAUAUCAAGAUCAGUUUCCACCACAUACUGAUAACAUACAUUCCUUUAAUAAUCGUCACUAUAGCAACCAUAAAAGCACUAAUUGUAAUUACUAUAAUAAUACCAGCAAUAAUAACAACGCCUCCGAUAAUGUAUAUGAGGCAGAUCCAUUUAUAGAUGAACCUCAGGUGCCCUCCUACUAUUACCCAUUAGAAAUUGCCUUCGACGUUGAAAAAUCACCACCGCCAUCACUACAAAAAUUAAAUUCAAAAGAGUUAGAAUUCCUAAAAAAGUUGAACUCCAAACUGUCAAGAUAUGCUGCGGCUUACUCCUUCAGCAGUUCUAAUGAUCAAGAUUAUUAUGACAAGGUCAGGUUUCAAGAAAUAUCCUACAAGUUUAGUAAAACCUAUUCUUAA